AAUUCUCUCCUUUCUUGAUUUGAUAGCUAUCAGAAGUUGUAUCGAACUUGUUUCUUUAUGAUACAACAUUUUGGCGGACAAGUUCUUACGAUGAAUAAUAGUGACAGUUUUAUAAAUUAUUUUAAAUUUUAGUGACAAAUUUGUUAAAAGCCCAUAAUGCAGUGAUCAAUUCGUUAAUAAAUGAUUCUACAGUAUUGUUGUAUUGGUUAAUGUUUAUGCGCCCAACUUGAUAUAUUACUCCUCUUAGGUCCCAGCUUCCUCUGCAAAACCCAACAUUAUCCCUCCAAACGCCCAACACAAAUGGAAGAGAUAACCCACAGAACUCUCCCCGACAAUGGCGUCAACAUGCACAUAGCUGAAAAGGGUCAAGGCCAAGGCAAUCCAGUAAUCAUGUUCCUCCACGGAUUCCCCGAGCUGUGGUUCACAUGGCGCCACCAAAUCCUCUGCGUCGGCUCCCUCGGCUUCCAUGCCGUGGCCCCUGACCUCAGGGGCUACGGGGACCCGACUCGCCCGACUCGAGCCAGGCCUACACGGGCCACCACAUCGUGGUCGUGGCUGACCUUGACACCUUGCGGCCCUGAGAUCAGGGCAUUUGCUUGCUUGAGUGUUCCUUUCAGGCCUAGGAAUCCCAAGAUGAAGCCUGUUGAGGGGAUGCGGCUUGUGUUGAAGAGGACUACUAUAUGUGCAGAUUUCAGGAAACCAAGUCCUCCAUGCCUAGCUAAAGCGAAUCCAUUUGGGAUCUGCCCUAAAAAUCCAGGGCCUUUGCCCUCUUGGCUUAAGGAAGAUGUAUUCAACUACAUUGUCAACAAGUUCAAUGAGACUGGCUUCACCGGAGGGCUCAACUACUACAGAGCCAUAGAUUUGAACUGGGAGCUUACAGAGCCAUGGACUGACGCACCGAUGAUGGUGCCGGUCAAGUAUGAGGUGGGAGACGAUGACAUGUGGUACACCACACCGCGGGUGAAGGAGUACGUGCAUGGUGGUGGUUUCAAGAAGAAUGUGCCAUUGUUGGAGGAGAUCGUUGUGGUGGAAGGAGUUGGUCACUUUCUCAACCAGGAAAGGGCAGGGGAGAUCGAUGUUCAUAUCCACAAGUUCAUCAGAAAGUUCUACUAGUCCUUUUGCUUAGUGCUUGUAGCUUCAUUGAGUUGCUUUCCACUUAAAAGAUUCCAGAUGAAUAUGCCUUUGUCAUCAUCUUAGUUUGAGUAUGGAUUUCUGUAAGAGUUUUCCCGUCUCUGUUGUCAUGAAUGCAACAGGAUCGAUUGUUGACUUUCGUGGUUUAGAGAAGAUGCUUCAUUUUUAUCAUGUGCUUGAAAAGAUUACACAGGACAAUACAAGACGAAACAAAACAAUAAUUUGUUCUAUUAGGUUAGAUCUGUGGCAUCACCAGCUUCAUCUGCAUGUUGAUCAUAAUACCCUACGAUUGAGAUCAAAUUAGAUAAACUAGCCGUAAUUCAACACAAUGUACCAAUGUGUUGCUGCAAUAACUAGAACGUGAAAUU